ACAACGCUGACUACACAACGGCUGCUCGGACUCGUUCGAAACAAAAAAUUUGUUGUGUAUUUUGUGUGAUAUCGAUUAUUUUAACCGACUUGAUCUUUCAAACUGAAAUUGAAGAGAAAAACCGUUACCAAAGUGUUUUGAACCAUUUUCGGACAAAUCAUGCGUUAGUUUCUCUGGUCUUGAAACCGGGUGCAGUGUGCAGUAAGGACAACAGCAACAACAUCCAGUGCCAGUUUCCCGGAAAGCGGGUAAAAGCGCUCUGCUUUUUUGCUUCUCACCAUCUUUAUUUCGCUCUCUUUCGACAUAAAUUCAUUCCGUUGCUUUGGACAAUUUAUGCGAAUUUCAACGGAGUUGCAUGAAUGCAAGCACCAAACAAUGUGCCAUCCUCUUACCUAGCAAACGUUGAGAAUGACGUCAACCAAUAAUAGUUUUGUGGACAAUGUGAAUAUGAAAAUUAAUAACAGCGAAAAAAGCACAAGCUGCAAAUUUUAACAGUAACUGUGUAGAUUGGUGUCUGUGGUUGUGUGUACGUAGCAAAGUGGCAAACAGAACGAACGAACGCUAGUGAAAUGAUAUGAAAAAUCAUCAAAUUGUGCGAAUAUAUAAAACACAUUAACAAGAUAAACUGCAACCAAGAAAGAGAGUGCGAGACAUACAAAGCACUCAGAACAUUCAGAAUCAAGCAUACAUAUACGUCCAGCUGGUUCGAUACAGUGACUUUUGUUCCUUUUCACCAGUAUUGAACAACUCAAAUGCGAACAGCUGAACGACGAAGAAAUGCUGUAGUGCUAUCAACGACCAAGUGACUUUGGACCGUAUGCAAGAACAAGUGUGUAAUGGUAUGCGGGGCUGUUGAUGAUGUGUCUAUUUACACAUUAUUUUAGUGUUCGACCAUUCUCUCUAAUACCAAUGUCAAUGCUUCCCAUUCGGCGUGUGUUGUAAUUUUGUGUGAAUGCGACACAGCGACCGGUCGGUAUUGUUUCCAUGCACAAAAGUCGUUGCCACAAUUAUUUUAUUUCAUUAGCUUAUCUAAAAAGAUUUUCGGAUUAGUUUUCCGUUCGUGGUGUAGUUUUUCGUAGUGCGACGCAAAAGCAGCAACGACAAGCGAUCUCGCGUAAGAUACGGCCCAAAUAAAGAACGAAAAAAGAACAACGAACACUCGAACACACAGAAAGACAGAGAGGGGAAGAGAUAGAGAGAGAGAGAGAGAGAGAGAGCCCGAGAAAUAAUUACAUAAAAAAUUAUUUAUCAUAACCACUAAGUGUGGAACACGUAAUCACAACGGCAGCUCGUGAACAGUGAGAGUAAACGAGAGAGAGAAACAAAGAAGGAGAAUUAAACCAAGCGAAACGAGUGCGCUGUCGAAAAAAAAAAUUGUUUGUUUAUGUCGACCGAAAUCAGUGUUGAAACUUGACACAAAAGCGCAUCGCAUUUGUUUGCAUAAAAAAGGGAUGAGUUCGGCUUGAAACGCGCGUAUGUAUGGACCAUACACAAUUGAAACGAAUGCGAAAGAGGAAAAAAGAGAGACGACGACAACAGCAACAGCAACAGCAACAGCAACAGCAGCAGCAUCAGUAGCAGCAGCUAAGACAAAAACGACAAAAACAACGAACAACCGAACAAUUAUUGAGGUGUUGAAGCGAACAUCCGCACGUUAUUAUUAUCGAAUCGUUAUAGUUGCCGUCAUCAUCAUAACUCAAUUAAAUGAAAAUGUGUCCGAUGUAAUUCAGCACCCCCACACUGACGAUUUGGGGGUGUCUAUCGAUAAUGUCUCUUUAGCAUCAAUUAUUAAUCAGGCGCUGAGUUCAUUAUCAACGACAGCGGCCACCACCACCGAAAAUGCUACUGAUGAACGUGAUGUACCGCAAAUCCCAGCAUACAUUCGGACUACAUCUAUGGUUUUUUGCAUCACAAUCAUGUUGCUGGGUGUGAUUGGAAAUCUAAUGGUGCCAAUCGUAAUAAUGAAAACAAAAGACAUGCGAAAUUCCACAAACAUUUUCCUAAUAAAUUUAAGCAUAGCUGAUUUGUUCGUGCUGGUUGUAUGCACACCGACUGUUUUAGUCGAAGUAAAUACCAAACCGGAUACCUGGAUCUUGGGCCAUGGAAUGUGCAAAGCAGUACCAUUUGUUGAAUUGACUGUGGCGCAUGCAAGUGUUCUUACUAUUUUGGCAAUAUCAUUUGAGCGUUAUUAUGCGAUUUGUGAACCGUUAAAAGCUGGCUACGUUUGCACAAAAACCCGAGCGCUGAUGAUAUGUCUGGCUGCAUGGGCGGUUGCUGCAAUUUUUACAAGUCCAAUCCUUCUGAUGGCAGAAUAUCGUUCGGCUGAAGAAUAUCUUGAUGGAUCUCACGUGCCCGUAUGUUUGACACAAGCAUCGAAUGCAUGGAGCAUCACAUUUUUUGUGAUGACCAUAUCCGCAUUUUUCCUACUGCCAUUGUUUAUUUUAAUUGUACUGUAUACGAUAAUCGCGAAAAAUCUGAUUACCAAAGAUGGACGAAUGGUAAAAAUUCGGCCCAGCAAACCGGAGCUGAGUUUCAAGGCGCGCAAACAAGUCGUUUUAAUGCUUGGAGCCGUUGUAUUCUCGUUUUUCGUGUGCUUGGCACCAUUUCGCGUGUUCACACUAUGGAUCAUUAUCGCGCCCGACGAACAGGUCAAGCGAAAAGGAUUAGAAUUCUUUUACAAUUUCCUCUACUUUAGCCGAAUCAUGUUGUACCUGAAUUCCGCCAUCAAUCCGAUUCUCUAUAAUCUAAUGUCGUCGAAAUUUCGUAAAGGAUUCCGUAAGCUGUGGUGCAGUUGCUGCUAUUUGAGCAGAAAAUGCAAUCGCACCAAACAUGAACGCACCACUGCCAUCAAUGCAAUUGCCACAGCAACAACAACCACCACGACCAGUGUCACAUCGCACAGUGUACUGUGCAAAAAGCUCAGUCAUAGUCGAACAUUAUCACUGGACGAUGUUAAGAACAACACGACUUCCAUGGAUAGCGAAGCGCACACCUGCAGCGUUAACAACACAUCCAACGAAAGUAAUGGGAAAACGAUGCGAAAAAAUCGCAGUCUGAUGCAUCAGGCAUCGUCACAAAGCACAAAUACAUCAUUAGACGAUGACCGCAGGGAUGAUUGCUUGGCAUGCCGAAGUAAAAUGGGUAAACAACGUAUCGCCCGAGUGUCGUUCAGUUUAAGCUCCGAUUCGAAUGAUUCAAGCGAACGGCCACGGUCGAAUACCAAUGGCGCCAUGCGAAAGAAAAAAUUGAAAUUUCAAUAUGGAUUUGAUGAGGAUCGUUUUGCGUCUAUCAAUGCUGUGGUAUCUGCGCCGGUGACUGGCGGUAAUCUUCAUUCAAUCGAAAUUCGACACGAUUCAGCCAUCAAAAGUAUCGAAAUUGAACAGCUGCCAACCGAUGAAGAUGACCCAGUCGAACAACAAAUGAUACCAUUCCUUUACGAUGAAAAAUUUAGCCCCAUGCUAUGGAUUGCGAAAUACACGUUCACCGAAUAUUAUGAUGGAUCCAUAGUUAGCGUCUGCCUAACGCUAGUCGAUUCAUUUUGGCCGGCAUUUUAUUUCGUCGGUAGCAUAGCAUUGUUCUUCAUAUUACCGUUUUUGAUAUUGCUCGUGCUGUACACGGUGAUUGCGCGUCACUUAAUGAACAAUCCAGGCAUCACAUCGCAUGGCAAUCGAAGUAAUGUGCUAAAAUAUCGUAAGCAGGUCAUAUUCAUGUUGGGCGCCGUCGUCAUUAGCUUCUUCAUCUGUUUACUGCCGUUUCGUGCAUUAACACUGUGGAUAAUCAUUGUACCGCCAGAAGCGAUGCUAGAAUUGGGCGUCGAAGGGUACUAUUCAUUACUGUACUUUUGUCGCAUUCUAUUGUACAUCAAUUCAGCGCUAAAUCCAAUUCUCUAUAAUUUGAUGUCAUCGAAAUUUCGGGAAGGAUUUCUAAAACUACUUGGAUGCAAGUCAGUGGUGCGGCACAAACUGUUUUUGGGCACGCGAAAAGGCACGUUCCAUACCACAUCGACGAAUUUGAGUAGUUCAAAUAGCGGUGACAAGCGUAAAAGUGCACGAAUCAAAGAUGAUUCGGAUACGAUUACGGCUUCGAUUGUCAUUAAAAAUGGGCUGGAGGAUAUUUUGGUGAUUAGCAGUGAUAGCGAACGGUCCAGUUCGAUAAGUGUGGAAGCGAAACGAAAUGGUUUUGCAAAGCGAAAACGUAGCACAUUUGAAGACAUCGAAGAAAUCGAGGAGAUUGGCUCGGUCAAGAGGAUGGAUACGGACGAUACGGAUGGCGGUGCGACCACUUCAAAUAAAAAGAAAAGCAACAAAGAAGUGUAUUUUGGCCAUCAAAAUGGACGUAAUGGCUGCAAUGCAAAUCGACGACGAAGCAGCUCCGGCAUCAGUGCACACUGUAAAACACAACUUAUAUCCGCUAUGUCGAACAAACACUCUGAAUCCAUCGACUCAUCAGCCGAUGAAAUCGAAUGCUAUCCCGAAAAUCACACGCCAAUCUAUGAAUCCCGUUUGAAUUACAACUCAAACGACGAUCGCGAAUCCAAAUUAUUCAUACAACAUUCAAUUGGCACUGAAAGUUUUGUAUAACAACUAGAUUUUGUUUUGUUUUUUCGUAUUCAAAUCACAACAAUGGAAACAUUUUUUUUAAAUGUUUUUUUUUAAAAUAUUUAUUUAAUAGAAUUAUAAAUAUUAGCAUUGUUUUUCCAUUGAAAAUCUCGAAUUUUGCACUGCCUAAUUUAUUCAUCCACUUUCCAUGUGUCUAAAUCUUCUCUUUUUUACGGCUUCAUCAAUGUACAUUGUCAUCACUCAACCAAAAUAAAAACACACACGCAUCCUGUCUAUAUGAUUGAAUCAUCUACCUCACACAAUAGAUUCGAGAGAAUUAUAUACAGUGAUCCUUUUACCAAACAGUCUUAGAAUGUAAAACACCCAGAAGAAGAAGAAGAAAAAAUAAUACAUAUAUAAUCAAAUAUUAUAAACUAUAAUCAAAGUGAAUAAGAUUUUUUCUAGACAACUAAGUACGGUAUAAGAUGAUCAUCAAUGCAGCGGUGUAUUCAUAUUGAAGAUGGAACUAAAUCAUUAUCCAGAACCAUAUAAAAUACGAAAUCUGUUGAAUGUUGAAACCAUUUUGAUGGGCUAAGCGAAUUAAAUUCCAAAAAAUGAACUUUUUUCUUCUUCUGUAUCUCACAACUCGAAAUUUCUCCAUUUCCAAUUGAAAGCCAAAUUGGAAUGGUUUUCUUUUUCUACAUUUUGUUAAACAGAAUCGACAAUAAGUUCUUCAUUUUCACGGCUCAAACUCAACAAUCACACACACACACACACACACACCAGCAGCUGAUGCUUUAAACCAGUGCAUUGUUUGUAAAAAGCCAUAUCAGUUAGAGAAAAGAAAAAGAAAAUCCAUUAAUUAAAUGAAUAUUAACCAAAAAUAAAUACUCAUUCAUUUUUGUACUUGACAUAGAGAACAGCUCUUUGGCUUGUGAUUGUAUCGAAGUCAUUAUACUUUGAAAACACAAGCAAUGCUCGCCAAUAAAAAAAUAAAUAAAACGAAGAAAAAAGAAUAAAAAAAACGUAGAAAUUUCAUACACAUAAAACUUUGUAUAAGCCUAGAAUAAGAUAAAGAAUAAUCAAGAUACCAAAUAAUGAAAACCCAACUAAAGUUGAACAGAACAAAUAAAAUCGAUGACUGCUUACACUUCCUUUGUACUCGAUGAUACACAAACAGAGAAAUAAACAAACAAAAUCACAACAGACAUCAAAUUAACGCUCCAUAAAAACGAAACUCAAUUUUCACACUUGAAAUUUUAUUGUGGAAUAUUAACCCAAUUUGCAGCAUUGACAAAGUUAUUUUCACAGGAACAAACCGUUUAAAGUGAUUUUGUUUUGUUUUUCAGUUCUUUUCACACAGUCAUAAUGUUUUGAUUGCCAAUUUAUUUUGACCAUUUUUUUUUCUCUUUCGUUUAUUGAGCAAAUUGAAAUUGCUAUAUGUAUUUUUCAUGUUUAUUUUUAUGGACUCACUCAGUAUUAUAUCGAACAAAUUAAAAUGAGAUUUUUCUUUACCGAAAUUAACUGGUUAAUUUUCCAUUUAAGCCGAAAAUUUAUCGAAUACGAGGACCUAUUCAAGACUUCUUCCUAUUUUACCUAUUUAAAAAACAUGAUGAUCAAAUGAAAACCAAAAUUUGAAAUAUCGUUUGAACUUUAGCUCAGUUUUGAUCAAUGAAACGAGCCGUUUCAGAUCAAUAGAUGUAGACAUAUGUAAGCUAGUAACAAUAGUUUUGUAUACUGGAAAUAAUCAAUAAUUUAAUAACUGGAAAUUGUCCAGAUUCUAUUCUUGAGCUAAUAUCGACGGCGCAUCACUCGACCCUAAACAGCUUAAAAUCCUUUGUGAUGCGUCAUUAUCGCAUUAGCUCAACAAAUGAUCUUUGGAAUUUUAUAGACCAUUUCAUUUGAAAACACUUGAGCGGAACAUUUCUUGCAGUGACAUUUUAACGAAUAAAAAGGAUAUAGAUUUAAAAUUCCAAAAAUUUACAAAAAAAAAAUGAAAUAAAUGAAUGAGAAAAUACUAGGCAUAACAUACCCACUCCAUAUAAAAUGAAGUAUUAAUAUACGUGAAAAUAAAAACUGUAAUUUCUUUAAAAAAUGACAAUAAAGUGUUAAAUAACUCGUUUGGGUUUCUGUCACACUUUUGCAUAUUUUAUAAUGAACAUUUUCCAAAAAGAAUUGAACAACAACCAUUCAAACCAAUCUACAGUUUCUUAAAUACAAGGUACUUUAACAAAAGAACAAUAUAUUUCCAAACCAAAUGUCUCAACUUUUGAUUCAGUUCAAUAAAAUUGUUCACUGCCAAUUAUACCAUGAAUUCAAAUAGAUAUGAGUAAUAAACUAUAGCCUGCGCUCAUUUUCUGUUGACAAAAAAAUUAUAAUGAAGAAGAACAAAGAAAAAUCCUAUUAAAAUUCACUAUGAACAAUCAGAUUGAAACGAUGUCAUACUAAUUAUACGAAACAUAUAUACUCCCAAUCUUUUAAUAUUGAUUUUCUCGUUUCGUGGAGCAUUUUUUUUAAAAUGAUACUCCGGGAGCGCAAAUGAAAUAUUGAACCAUUUAUCACCAAAUAUAGAAUCAUUGUGUAGAAUUUUUUCUAAAAAAAUAAACACACAGAAAUAAAUCAAAUCAAACCCAAAAUGGUAGUUGUAUUUGUAAAGGGAAAGUUAUUUAAAUAAAAACUAUUUUUAACACAGAAUAUUCACCCGAAGAGUUCGUUCAUUUGCUUUUAUCGAUGCCAUUUGUUACGGUCGUUAAGCAUUGCGGGCGAAUAGGUAAGGUUAUUUCUUUGCAAUUGGACAAGACAUUUUAAUAAAUCGCUUGAGGCAAUAUCGGAGGUUAUCGAACUUUACUCGAAACUGAAAUACAUACCGAGUAGUUCAACCAAACAUUCAACAAAUGCGGUUAUAAUUCAUUAUUCUAAUGAGUUAUCAAAAAGCCGAACUAAUUACAUUCAAAUUGAUAAUAGAUUAUAGAAAAUGCAUCAAUAAACACAAAUCGAAUGGGCUUCAUUAUAAUGCUAACGAUAAUUGUAAUAAGAAAUUGCUUUUCUCCCCCGGAUGAGCAACUAACUCCAUCUGUUGACAAUUUUUGAAAUCAUACGAACAUUUGAGAACGACAAAUGUUAGAAACUAACCCUUCAGUCUGUUGAUAAGUCUUUCUUCUGAAUAGUUAUAAUUGCUAUUGCUGUUGACAGCUGAUUUGACACUGGUUUCGUUUUUAUAAGCUGAACGAUGACAAAAUUCAUCAUUCUUUGCUACAUCGCAGUUCUGUUUACAACGUACACUAUGGCAUCCAAAUUGGACAACCUCUCGACUGAGUCGAAUGUUGAUGAACUUUGGUCUUUGUAUAAAGUGGAGCACAACAAGAGCUACGAACCAGCUGAGGACGCUGAACGUUUUGAAAUAUUCAAGAACAAUGUGAAAAAAUUCA